AUGAGAUCAGCUCUCUUCCAACCCCUCCUACCCCGCCAUACCUUUUGCUCCCCCGGCUUAAGAACUUUCUCUCUCCCUCAACGCAUUGCUACUUCAUCCACCUUUGCGACCACUCGAUUCUAUUCACAGCCAGCCAAAAUGUCUGCCAACCGAUCCCGAGUUUUCUUCGACAUCGCCUGGAAGGGCCCCGUCUUCAAGGACGGCAAGCCUACCGCUGAGAUCAAGGAGCAAACCGGUCGCAUCAACUUCACCCUGUACGACGACGUUGUCCCCAAGACCGCCGAGAACUUCCGUGCUCUCUGCACCGGCGAGAAGGGCUUCGGCUACCAGGGCUCAUCUUUCCACCGUAUCAUCCCCAACUUCAUGCUCCAGGGUGGUGACUUCACCCGUGGUAACGGUACCGGCGGUAAGUCCAUCUACGGUGAGAAGUUCGCCGAUGAGAACUUCCAGCUGAAGCACGACCGCCCCGGUCUGCUGUCCAUGGCCAACGCUGGCCCCAACACCAACGGCUCCCAGUUCUUCAUCACCACCGUUGUCACCUCUUGGUUGAACGGCCGCCACGUCGUUUUCGGCGAGGUCGACCAGGACUGCCUGGGCAUUGUCUCUGCCCUUGAGGCCACUGGCCGUGAUGACGGCAAGGUCAAGUAUGAGCCUCGCCCUACCAUCACCGCCAGCGGUGUCCUGUAAGCUUGUGUAGUGCGGCUACAUGCUCUGCAUGUCCAUUUGGCGGCAGUCUGAGACCAUGAUUUUUGUUGUGGCGGAUAAAAAGAGGCUCAAAAGAGCGACUACAUCGCUAUAUCCUUUAGCUAGUCAUUAGGGUGCUGCAAAGCAGAAGAAAAAAUACAAAUCUAUCGUAUAAUUC